GCGUGGCGCAGCGGUGGGGUGGCUAGUGACAGCAGGGGCGGUCCCCUCUUUUCCGAAUCAGCGGAGGCGGAAACUUGACACUUCGGAACUGGGAGUGGUUCUCUUCUUCCCUGGUGCUUAAAAACUUCAGCCUUGAGGCUUCAGCUCAGCUCACUGCAUCCCACCUCCCUUCCCGGGUCAGUCUGUGAAGACAUCAGCUCCGACUUUGGGGGUACUAAUGGCCGCCGAGCCGCUGACCGAUCUGGAGGCAGCCAUCGAGACUGUGGUCACCACGUUCUUCACCUUUGCCGGCCUGGAAGGACGGAAGGGCAGCCUGAGCAUCAAUGAGUUUAAGGAACUGGUCACCCAGCAGUUGCCUCAUUUGCUAAAGGAUGUAGGCUCUCUAGAUGAGAAGAUGAAGAGCUUGGAUGUGAACCAAGACUCGGAGCUGAAGUUCAAUGAGUACUGGAGACUGAUUGGGGAACUGGCAAAGGAAAUCAGGAAGGAGAAAGCCUUGGAGAUCCGGAAGAAGUAAAGCCUGCAUGUCAGGAUGAAGGAAGUCAGGAAGGAGAAAGCCUUGGAGAUCCGGAAGAAGUAAAGCCUGCGUGUCAGGAUUGGGGCCCAGCAGAGUCAGCUGGGGAGGGCAAGGCAGAACCCUACUCCCCCUAAUAAAGCUUCCUUCUUGAAACACA